GGAAGAAGAGGAAGAGAAACUAAACAGAGAUAACAGAUUGAAGAAAAAAAAAAAAAAAUAAGAAGUGCAGUAAGUGACAACAAUGGCGAGCCUUUCAUUAGCGAAGAAUCUCAUCUUCAACCUCUCGAAGUCGUUUCCUCAAUCCCAAGUUUCACUCUCUCUGAGACCCUCUCUCAAAAUCUCCAGGGUCUGCUUCACCUCCGCCUCCAAAUUCUCCGAGGGUCGAAAUGCGCCAGAGGAGAGGGAUUCCAAUUCCCACCGGACGUAUGCCGAUAAGGACUGGAGGGAGAAGGAAAGAGGGUACGGCUCUGCUGACGUGAGCAAGCACGCGAAAGAAACCAUGGAAGAAGGACUAGAGAGAACCAAGCGGGAAGCAGAGGGGAUGAAGGAGAGAACGAAGGAUUACGCCGACGAAGCUAAAGAGAAGACAAAGAGCGCGGCGGAAACAAUGGCGGAGAAGGCCAAAGAGGGAACUCAGAAGGCUGCAGAGGCUGCGGAUAGUGCUAAGGAGAAUGCAAAGGGUUACGCUUAUGAUGCUAAGGAGAAUGCAAAGGAUUACGCUUAUGAUGCUAAGGAGAAGACAAAGGAUGCUAAGGAGAAGACAAAGGACAUGGCUGGAACUGUAGCUGAGAAGGCAAAGGAGGGGACUCAUAAGAUGGCGGAUACUGCGGAUAGUGCCAAGGAGAAGGCUACCGAUUACGCUUAUGAUGCUAAGGAGAAGACAAAAGACAUGGCUGGAACUGUAGCAGAUACGGCGAAGGAAGGGACCCACAAGGUGGCGGAGACAGCGGAUAGUGCUAAGGAGAAGGCGGAGGGUAUGGCAGAGAUGGUGGUGGAUAAGGUGAAGGGAGGGACGCAUAAGGCGGCAGAGACUGUGAAGGAUACGGUGAAGGGCGCUUGGGAGGCAACCAAGGAGACGGGGCAGUCAAUCAAGGAGGCCGUGGUGGGUUCUGAUGGGCGGGUGGAUGACACCUCAUCAGAUGAUGAGGAUGUCGUGGUUGAUCUUGAAGACGACACGUCCGGGAAGGUGAUGGAUGCGGAUGUCAUUGAGCGGAGGCGUGCGGCUGGAUAUAAGAAGGCUGGUGACAAGAAAUAUAAUUGAGAUUAUCUUGUAUGAACAUGUUUUUGCAACGUACUGUUUUGUGGCUAUUUGUGUUUUAAACUUCUAAAUAAUUGUAGUUAAUUAAUAAAUCAAGUUUGUUCUUCAUGG